AAGAUGACAGCUAUUGUAAAAUGGAUUUUUGAGUGUUGACUGACUUUACUUUCUAGUUCCAUGGCUUCUUCAUCUGCUUGUUCUUCAUCAUAUUCCAAAUCUCCAUCGUUUAAUGUGUUCUUGAGUUUCAAGUUGGAAUUUGAUGAUGAAGCCACCUCUUUCGUCGACGCGCUCAGCGUCUCUCUGACCAGAGAUGGCUUCGAAGUUUUCGAGCACGGCGGGUGUUUAGGUCAGGAGGGAAUCUUCACACCCUCAACUUUGCUUGCAAUCCAGAACUCAAGGAUCUGUGUCGUUGUUCUCACAAAAAGCUACCUAAAAUGUGUAAGAUGUGUCCAAAUGCUGGAGAAGAUCAUGCUGUUGAUUCAGGAAACUGCGCAAAGUAAGAUACUGCCUCUGUUCUAUGAUAUUGAUGUGCAUGGGGAAGGUUUUGGAUAUGUGUCUCCACUGCCUAAAGUCAUUCCUGAGGAUUCAGUAUUGAGUAGAAACCUUGCUGAAGCUGCACAAAUUCUUGGCUGGAAUUUCUCAGCUUUGACUUCACGAAGUGAAGCAAAGGUGAUUGAGGAUAUCAAGGACUACAUUUUCAAAGUUUUAAUCCCAUUUGGGCAUGGGUAUGUUUCAGCCAAUCUCGUCAGAGAAAAAUCUGUGCAAGAUGUGAUUAAAUUGUUAAAUGACGGGUCAAAUUGUCCACUCAUUGUUGAAAUCUGCGGAGAGGGUGGAAUUGGUAAAACAACUAUAGCAAAAACUGUUUAUAAGGAAAUUGGUGAUCUUUUUGAGGGAAAAAGUUUCCUUGCAAAUAUCAAGGAAGUCUGGGAGCAAGAUGUUGGUCAAGUUUAUUUACAAGAACAGUUUCUUUCAGACAUCUUUGAGACAAAAAAUUUGAAAAUGCAGAGCAUUGAAGAGAGAGAAUCCAUAAUGAAGGAAAUGCUUAAGAAUAGGAGGAUACUUCUUGUCCUUGAUGAUGUUAGUGAUUUGGAUCAAACAAAUGUUUUGUGUGGAAAUGGUAACUGGUUAGGUCCAGGAAGUAGAAUAAUGAUUACAACCAGAGCCCGGCAUCCAGUUUCUAAAGUAGCAGACCGAAUAUAUGAAGUGAGGCCAUUGGAUAUUCUUGAAGCCUAUCGGCUUUUCUCAUGGCAUGCAUUUAAAAAAGUAAGAUUUGUAUCAAAGAUGGAAAAUUUGCCAGUAAGUAUUGUCAAUAUGUCAAAAGGGUUGCCACUUGUUGUUGAAGUUCUUGGCUCUUAUUUGUACAGAAGGGCAGAACCAAUAUGGGAAAAUGUAGUAUCAAGAUUGAAACAAGCCGGUCCUAACAUCACUACAUUGGAACUUCUCAAAAUAAGCUAUGAUGAUUUAGAUGCAUUGGAGAAAGAUGUGUUCUUUGAUAUUUCUUGUUUCUUUAUUGGUAAAGAUAGAAACUUCGUUACACAAACAUUAAAUGACUCUGGCAUUUUUGCUGAAACUGUAAUAAAUGUCCUCAUAGAGCGGAAACUUGUGACUGUCGAUGAGAAUAACAAGCUUCAGAUGCAUGAUUUGUUGAAAGAAAUGGGAAGAGGAAUUAUUGUUAAAAAGCCAAAAAGCAAAUGGAGCUAUGAUGUAUUCUUGAGUUUCAGAGGAGAGGAAUCUCGUAGAUCUUUCACUUCUCAUCUCUAUACAGCAUUGAAAAAUGCUGGUAUCAAGGUUUUCAUGGACAACGAGCUUCAAAGGGGAGAAGAUAUUUCAUCCUCACUAUUAAAAGCAAUUGAAGAUUCUAGAAUUGCUAUUAUUAUUUUCUCAACAAAUUACACGGGUUCUAAGUGGUGUCUGGAUGAACUGGAGAAAAUCAUUGAGUGCCAAAGAACUAUUGGUCAAGAAGUAAUGCCAGUAUUCUAUAAUGUGGACCCAUCCGACAUACGCAAGCAAAGGGGAACUGUGGGAGAAGCAUUCAGAAAACUUAUAAGCGGGAUCUCAGUUAGCAAACAGAAGGUUUCUAGUUGGCGGACAGCACUCACAAGAGCUGCAAAUUUUUCUGGAUGGGAUUCGAGAAAUUAUGGAACUGAAGUUGAGUUGAUUGAUUGUAUUAUUGAGACUAUUGCCAAGAAAGUAGACGGCAACACUUACUUAUUCAUUGCUAACCAUCCUGUGGGGGUAAUGUCUCGUGUUCAAGAUGUAAUAGACAUGCUCUCAUCCUUAAAAAGCAAUUCAGAUGAUGCUCUCAUAGUAGGGAUCUGGGGAAUGAGUGGAGUUGGUAAAACAACCUUAGCCAAAGCCAUUUACAAUAAACUUGGCUGCCAAUUUGAGGGUAAAAGUUUUUUGGCAAACAUCAAGGAGGUUUGGGAGCAUAACUAUGGCCAGGUCUAUUUGCAAGAACAGCUUCUUUCGGAUGUUUUGAAAAGAAGAAGGCUUAAUCUGCAUAGUAUUGAACUGGGGAAAACAGUAAUAAAGGAGAGCUUUCACCAGAAAAAGACACUUGUUGUGCUUGAUGACGUGAAUAAGUUGGAGCAGCUACAUGCUUUGUGUGGAAGUAGUGAAUGGUUUGGUCCGGGGAGUUCAAUAAUCAUCACAACUCAAGAUGAACAUCUACUCAAUGUUCUUAAAGUGGAUGCUGUUUAUAGAAUAAAAAUAUUGGGUAAAAGUGAAUCUCUUGAGUUGUUCAGUUGGCAUGCUUUUAAGCAAGCAAUUCCUCCAGAAGAGUACACUGAUCUCUCAGACCAUUUAGUUUAUUAUUCUGGGGGACUCCCAUUAGCUCUUGAAGUUCUGGGUUCUUAUUUGUUUGACAGGCCAAAGUCUGAUUGGAAAAGUGUAUUACGAAAACUUCAAAAACUUCCCAAUGAUCAAAUACAAAAGAAGCUUAAACUAUGCUUUGAUGGUUUGAAUGAUGAUAUGGAGAAGGACAUAUUCCUUGACAUAUGCUGUUUCUUUAUUGGGAAGGACAGACACUAUGUUACAGAAAUAUUAAAUGGCUGUGGACUUGAUGCAGAAAUUGGAAUAAGCACCCUCAUAGAACGGAGUCUCAUUACUGUUGAUAACAAAAACAAGCUUCAAAUGCAUAACUUGAUACGAGACAUGGGACGAGAAGUCAUUCGUGAAGAAUCACCGAAAUAUCCUGAAAAACGUAGUAGAUUAUGGUUUCAUGGGGAUGUGGUGGAUCUUCUAAGGAAGCAAAUUGGAACAAAAGCUAUUGAGGGACUCGCUUUGAAGUUUCCAAAUACUAAUAAAAUUCCUAUCAACACUGAAGCAUUUGAGAAGAUGAGGAGACUCAGGUUGCUUCAACUUGAUCAUGUGGAACUCGACGGAGAUUAUAAGUAUCUUCCGAAAGAUCUAAAGUGGCUUUGUUGGCAUGGGUUUCCUUUAGGAGACAUACCUGAUGACUUUGAACAGAGAAAUUUAGUUGCUAUUGACUUAAAGUACAGCAAACUCAUACAAGUUUGGAAGAAGCCCCAGCUGCUAGAGAAGUUGAAAAUCCUCAAUCUUGGUCAUUCUCGAUGCUUGACACAAACUCCUGACUUCUCAAACCUUCCAAAUCUUGAAAGGCUUAUACUCAAAGAUUGUCCAAGUUUGUCUAUGAUUCAUGAAACCAUUGGAAGUCUAGGCAAACUUCUUUUGGUUAAUUUAAAGGAUUGUAAAAAACUUAACAGUCUACCAAGAAGUAUCUAUAAGUUGAAAUCUUUGAAAACCCUCAUUCUUUCUGGCUGUUCAAUGAUUGAUAAGUUGGAAGAGGACAUAGAGCAGAUGGAAUCAUUGACAACUCUAAUGGCAAUUGACACGGCCAUAUCACAAGUCCCCUCCUCAUUGUUGAGACUGAAAAACAUAGGAUACAUUUCUCUAUGUGGCCACGAAGGAUUACCAUGUGAUGUAUUUCCCUAUCUCAUUUGGUCAUGGAUGUCACCAGUGAACAAUCUCCAGUCCCUUACCCAAGCAUCUGGAGCCAUGCCAUCUUUUAUUUCCUCAGACAUAAUGGAUAAUACAUGUCAUGGUAUAUUAUCUAUUCUUAGCAGCCAUCCAAAUCUUCGAAGUCUUCAGUUGCAAUGCAAAUCAAUUAAUCAUAUACAACAAGAGAAGAGAAGAGUUUUGGAUGCGUUGUCUGUUGCAGAUUGUACUGAAUUGGAAACAUUUCCAAGUGCAUCGAGAACUUUAGAAAUGGGAACUUCUAUAUUAAGAAACCAAGACAAUCAUGUUCACAUUUCAGGGUUAAAGACUUCGUCAGGUAGUCUUUGGAUAUAUAUGGGAGAGCACAGUCAUAGAGAUAUCAUUUUGCAGAGACAAAGUAGUGCGUGUUUUGGUGGUCAAUAUUCUAAUUGGAGAACCUUCAAGGGUGAAGGAUCCUCAGUAUUAUUCCAAAUGCCUGAAGAUGUUGGACAUAAAUUUAAAGGAAUUGCUCUCUGCAUUGUUUACUCAUCUUCCCAUGCAAACAUGGCAUAUAAAUAUCUGAGGAAUGUCUUGAUCAUCAAUCAUACAAAAGCUACAAUUCAGCUCCACAUACGAGAGGUAUUAACCUCCCCUAAAGUCAAAGAAUGGAAGUUCAUAAUGUCUGAUCUAAACCCUGGAGAUAAAGUAGAGAUUGUUGUAGUUUUUGGGGGUGAAUUUACUGUGGACACAACAACAGCCAAUCUGGUGUAUGUUGAAUCAAUUGACCCAAAACCUAUAAUGCUCCCUAGAGGCAGAUAGUGUGAAAAAUAUGAUAACUCAAUUGAGAUUGUCUUGAUGUAUGGUAGGUUUUUUCUAUUUUUAAACGAUCUUAUAAAUAUAUUGUCUUUUUAAGUGAAAGAACAAAAAAACAAAGCAUCACUUAAGAACAUGCAGAUUAGAUGGAGGAGCUUUGGCACAACUGAUGGAGACAUGGAGUUUCUGUCAAGAGACUAUAUGGGCAUGGGUUCGAAUUUUGGUAUUACCACUCUUCCUUGGACAUGCAAUUAUGGAGUUUAAGCAGCGUGUUCAAGCUACAGAACUGAGAACUUUGUUUAAGCAGCAGUGUGUUCAAGCUUCUGUUAGAAACCUAAGUGAUGAAGCAGGCCUUGAUGAUAGCAAGGAUGUGGGCCUUGAUGAACACAAUAAGAAGCCCAAGGUUUGGAGAGUUUACAAGAGGAAGCGUGGGAAGGUUCUACAAGAGACUGAGCUGGCAGAUAUUUGAGGAAGAGAAUAUUAAGUUAGUUAUGAUAUAAGGGGGAGAGAGUAGAAUGAGGAAUUAUCAUGAUUGAUCUUUAUUUUCUGUUAUAGAGAGAGAACUAGACUCACUAGUGAGAGGGAAGCCGUAGUGCUUUUUGGGGUUGAUAAUAGCCUUUAUCAACACUUUUCUAUUCUCUGUUAUCUCUACAAUUCCUUUUCUGUUAAUACAAUUGCAGUUUGUUCCA